AUGGAUUCAUUUCAAAAUCCUUACGGGUCCACGCUCAACCGCAGCCAAUCGCUGAUGAGUGGCCUGGAGAAGACCCCUCCCACGUUGAACAAACCCACCCACUCUCGGAGCAGUAGCACCGCCUCCUCCCGUCACUCUCGGAACAUUAAAGACUGGGAGGUGAUGGAUGACCUUCAGGUGGAAAUGAUGUCUGGUGACAACUCUCAAGACCUGACCAUUCCAGGCAUCUGUGAAGGAUACCUCCUCAAGAGGAGAAAAUGGCCCCUGAAAGGCUGGCACAAGAGGUACUUUGUGUUGGAAACGGGGAUCUUACGAUAUUCCAAAACCCAACAAGAUGUAAGUAUCACAAGGGGAAAGCUUCAUGGUUCAUUAGAUGUCGGCCUUGCAGUCAUGUCUAUCAACAAGAAAUCCAAUCGUAUCGAUUUGGAUGCAGGAGAUAUUCUAUAUCAUAUGAAGGCCAAUAGUCAUGACUUGUUCUACAUCUGGGUGGCCAAGCUGAGUGCCCAUCGCAUGUUCAAGAAGAAUGAGGCUGCUCAAGUGCACAAUGGCUUCUUCCAGGCCUUGUCCCAGGGCACCAGUGUGCCUGGACAGGCACAGAGGAACGCCAUGCAGGACGUGGUGAACUCUUACGUGGGUGAGAUAGCUGCACCAACACCGUCCGAGUUUCCCUCGGUCAACCCGGGGGUGAAUGGGAAGGUGUCAGCCUGGUUACAACAGACUCAUGACCCAGACAGCUGUGCUCAAGAGCUGAACCGUUGUCAGUUGGAACUGUCUGAGCUGAACCGGCUGGUCCGGAGGCUGCAGUUGCUGGAGGGGGGCCAGCAGGCCUUCACCGACGGCGAGCUGCAGCGCAUCAUCAGCAUGCAGAAUCUCUCUCUUGAGAAACCCAAGAAGUCCAGGUCUUGCAAGAUAUGGGGUCACUCGCGCACAAUGUCAAGGGUAGAGGCCCUUGGAAUGCUGUCCUCUAGUCAUCUGAACAGCUCGUCCCAACUGGGUGCAUCUGUCCCCUCCCUUCAAGACUAUGUCCCCGCCGUCCCGGACUAUGUCUACUCCCAGCUGUCCCCUCCCACCAACGCCUCCACAGAAGGCAAGAAGAUCCAGCAGGACAUCUGUAGCGUGUCCCAAAGAGUACACACGUCCCUCAAGUCUGUGCAUGAUGCCUUGGCCCAGGAGCGUCAGAGACUGCAGGACACCUACCACCAAUCAACCACACUGGCUGAGACUGUAUCUGGGAACGAGUCCCGUCGCACGCCAUCGGUGACAGACUCUGCAGCUGAGUAUUUUGAUGCGAGUGACGGUGUCCUGAAUGGGAGCUUCUCUGAGUCUGAGUCUGGUCUGAGUGAAGGGACAACCAGCAACUCUGAACCUGAGGAAGGACAUGCUUCAGCCACUCGUGAGUACCGUGCCAGUAUCUCUAAGACUCCCAACUGUGUCGUGCCCAAAAACACGGGCCGCCGUACCACCCUGGCCGCCCACUGCCCGGACAACGCCCAGGUGGGCCUGAUGCAGAUCCUCUAUAACAACAUAGGCAAGGACCUGUCCCGUGUCUCCAUGCCUGCUGCUCUCAACGAGCCCAUCAACCUGAUGCAAAGACUGUGUGAGGAGCUGGAGUACUCUGAGCUGCUGGACACCGCCAACAACACACUAGACCCCUACCAGAGGAUGGUCUACAUAGGUGCCUUUGCCAUCUCUGGCUAUGCAACAGCUCACUACCGCAACCGCUACAAGCCCUUCAACCCACUCCUGGGGGAGACCUAUGAAUGUCUGAGAGAAGACAAGGGCUUCCGCUACAUCAGUGAGCAGGUCUGCCACCACCCCCCCAUCUCUGCAUGUCACGCGGACUCCGACUCCUUCUCCUUCUGGCAGGACCAGCGGUGGAAGAAUAAGUUCUGGGGAAAGUCACUGGAGAUCAUGCCAACAGGGAUGGUGAAUGUCACUCUCCCAAGGUUUGGGGACCACUAUGAGUGGAACAAAGUGGUGACCUGCAUCCAUAAUGUUCUGAGCCAGCAGCGCUACCUGGAGCACUAUGGGGAGGUCAUCAUCCGUAACCUCAACGGCAACGCGUGCACCUGUAAGAUAACCUUCGUUAAGUCUCGCUAUUGGGGGUCGGACACCAACAAGAAUGAAGUGCAGGGCACCGUGCUCGACCAGACUGGGAGUGUUAUCCACCGGUUUGGGGGGCUGUGGCAUGAGGGCAUCUUCUGUGACACCUUGCCCACUCCACAGUGUAUCUGGAAGCCAAAUUCCCAGCCCAAGGACUACUACCUGUACUACGGCUUCUCCAGCUUCACACUAGAGCUAAACGAGCUCACCCCAGGCCUGAAGCCUCUUCUGCCCCCCACAGACUCACGCCUUCGCCCUGACCAGAGGAUGCUGGAGGAUGGGAGGGUGGAUGACUGUGACAAGUUUAAAGAAGAAGUGGAAGACAUGCAGAGGGAGCGGAGGAAACAACUGGCUAAGAAAGGACAGGAGCACACGCCACGCUUCUUUAAGAAAGCCAUGGAUUCCUCUGGGAGGGAUGUGUGGCUGACCAAUGGAACCUAUUGGAAAGUCCGAGAGAACCCGGGCUUUGCUAACACAAACAACCUGGAACUAUGGUGA